AUGAACAAAAUUUGGAUUCCGAUUUUUGUUUUAUUUGUUUUAAGUUUUGACGCAAUAAAUAGUUUUCCAAUCAACAAUUUGGAUACAGAAAAAGAAUCAAAAAGCACUAUUGAAAUCACAACAUCACUUCAAAAGGAUGUGGUCGGAACAGAGACUCAAACGAUUAUUCUUGCUGGGUCUAUUUGCCCUAAAGGAAGAAGUUUAAUCGGUGGAGUUUGUAGAAAGGAAGGAAGAUGCCUUGAUUGA